UUCACAGAGGGGGCGGGGUGAAGAUCAGUGACCAUUAGGGGGUGUGGCUUUGUCCUGGGGGGGCAUCAUAAAUACUCUCAGCUAAACUUUGCUCUUCCCCACUCACACCCGGAGUCGCAAGACAGACAGAAGCGUCUCACAAACGAGGACUAAAGAUCAACCCAGGCAAAAAUGGUGAAAGUUGGUAUCAAUGGUUUUGGCCGUAUCGGCCGUCUGGUAACCCGGGCUGCCUUCACCUCCAAGAAGGUGGAGAUUGUGGCCAUCAAUGACCCGUUCAUUGACCUGGACUACAUGGUCUACAUGUUCAAGUAUGACUCCACUCACAGCCGCUUCAAGGGUGAGGUCAAGGCUGAGGGUGGCAAACUCGUCAUCGACGGACACCAGAUCACAGUCUUCCAUGAGAGGGACCCCACCAACAUUAAGUGGGGUGAGGCCGGUGCCCAGUAUGUUGUGGAGUCCACUGGUGUGUUCACUACCAUUGAGAAGGCCUCUGCUCACUUGAAGGGCGGUGCCAAGAGAGUCAUCAUCUCUGCACCCAGCGCAGACGCCCCCAUGUUCGUCAUGGGAGUCAACCACGAGAAGUACGACAACUCUCUCACGGUUGUCAGCAAUGCAUCCUGCACAACAAACUGUCUGGCCCCCUUGGCCAAAGUCGUCCACGACAACUUCGGCAUCGUUGAGGGCUUGAUGAGCACAGUUCAUGCCAUCACUGCCACCCAGAAGACUGUGGACGGACCUUCUGGCAAGCUGUGGAGGGACGGCCGUGGUGCCAGCCAGAACAUCAUCCCCGCCUCCACCGGAGCUGCCAAGGCUGUCGGAAAAGUCAUCCCUGAGCUGAACGGCAAACUGACCGGCAUGGCCUUCCGUGUGCCCACCCCCAACGUGUCGGUGGUUGACCUCACAGUCCGCCUGGAAAAACCAGCUAAAUAUGAUGACAUCAAGAAGGUGGUCAAGGCUGCAUCUGAGGGACCCAUGAAAGGCAUUCUGGGAUACACAGAAGACCAGGUUGUCUCCACAGACUUCAAUGGUGACUGCCACUCCUCCAUCUUUGAUGCUGGUGCUGGCAUCGCUCUCAAUGACCACUUCUCAGUUCUGUUCUUGUGUUGGAGUGAAGGUGUGAAAGUCUCUUCCUGUCUGUAGCUCUCAGGCUGCAGACAGUGGUGGAAAAUAAAGUCCUUGGUUUGUGAGA